AUGGAUGAGCUGGCGCAGGUGUUGGCCAACACCCAAGAGGCCGACACAAACGUCCGCGUCCAGGCCGAGCUUGCUAUCAAGCAGGCGGAGAACAACCCGGCCUACCCCGGCCUGCUGACCGACAUCGCCUGCUCCUCUUCUAUCUCCACUCAGAUCCGGCAGUCUGCGCUCUCGGCCCUGCGCCGGUUCAUUGUUCACAACUGGAGCCAGGAUGACUUUGACGACGACACUCCGCGCAUCCCCAUCUCGGACGAAGUCAAGAUCUCGACGCGCCAGAAGCUGCUGGAGCUCGCCACGGGCAACGAUGCUGAUCGCCUAGUUAAGGCCGGUGUCAGCUAUGUUGUUGGUAAGAUUGCCAGCGUCGACUAUCCCGAACAAUGGCCCGAUCUGCUUCCCAACCUGCUCGCUGUGAUCCCGACCGGCACCGACGUCCAGCUCCAUGGCGCUCUGCGCGUGCUGUCCGAGAUGGUUGAUGGCAGCCUCAGCGAGGACCAAUUCUUCCUCAUGGCACGGCAGAUUGUUGAGGUUCUUUACGGCGUCGCUCUGAACAACGACCGCAAGCCCCAGCUCCGGGCCCUCGCUAUCUCUAUCUUCCGAUCGAGUUUCGACCUGAUGGACAUGGUCAAGGAGGACCACCUGAAGGAGGUCAAGGGCUUUGCCGAGGAGGCUCUCAAGGGCUGGCUGCCCUUCUUCCACGACGUCAUGAAGAUGCCGAUUCCGAGCCGAUCCCCGGAGACGCAAGAUCAGUUCAACGGAGUGGUCGCGCUGAAGCUCCAGGUCGUCAAGGCGCUCAUCAAGAUCCGUAGCGUCUUCCCGUCUCUCCUGCUACCGCAGAGCCUUGCCUUCUUCGAGGAGACGUGGGCUGAGCUCAAUCAGCUCUCUGGUCCCUACGCCGAGCUAUACAUCGAGAACGACAACCAGGGACGGCUUGAGAAUGCCGACGGCCUCCCCUAUACUCUCGACUUCCUUGCUCUGGAGGAGCUCGACUUGCUCAACCAGUGCAUGCGCGCCUCGCCAGUGCAGAAGCAGCUGGAGGCUCAGUUGCAAGCACAUAGUGCGGCCCACGAGACCCCUUGGAUGAUUGAUCUUAUGAAGCUCACUGCGGCCUAUGCUCGCAUCAUCCGUGAAGAGGAGGAUCUCUGGGACAUUGACGUCUCCCUUUAUCUCGCCGAGGAGACUUCUGUCACUGCCAACUACACGGCCCGUACCGCCUGUGGCGACAUGCUUAUCAAGUUGGGCGAGUGGAUUGGCUCACAGGCGCUCGAGGGCCUCUUUGCUUACACCAAGACCCUCUUCGCCGACGGCGGUGACUGGCGGAACCAAGAGGCUGCUCUGUACCUGUUCACAAUGAUUAUUAACGAUUUCCUGGACUGCGAGAAGCAAGUGCCCCCUCAGAUCGCCCAGGCCUACAUGGAGCUUGUCACCUUUGCCAUUGGCCGCAACGAGCCGCUUUUGCAAGCCCGAGGCUUCCUCGUUGCUGGUAUCUUGGGUCAAUGUUACCCCGAGGCGAAUGUGCUCCUUGACCGCACCAUCUUGGCGAUCACGCAGGCAGAGUCGGAGCUUGUCCAGGUCGCCUGCGUCAAGGCUGUCGAGGGCUUCACCAAGUCGCCCAACGUGCCCGUUGAUCGCCAGGUGCAGAUCCUGCAGGCAGUCGACGCCUUCCUCAGCUCGAACGAUCUGUCCGAACUCGACGAUGCGGAUGACCUUCUCGUCACCCUCGCCGAGAGUCUGCGUGCUGCUAUCAGGAUGAACGCUUCCAUCGUCAUCACCUCGGACGUCAAGGCCCUUGACCUCCUCUUCCUCGUCGCGAAGCACGGCGCAACCAACUUCCAGAUCACGAUGCUCGUCAACGAGGCCUUCGAGGAGAUUGUUCAGGUUCUGAGUAGCGGAGAUGCCUACGCUGCUCUUUGCUCACGAGUUGUUCCCACCCUUACUGGUGCGUUCAACGUGGCUGAUCUCACGCAAGACGAGCCACUUGUGACUUUUGCUACCGAGCUCAUUUCUGUUCUCAUUGAAUAUGGCCCUGAGCCACUGCCCGCGGGUCUAGUCGCACAGCUGGGCCCUAAGCUCAAACGCCUCCUUAUGGAAUCGAACGAGGGCGAGAUUCUUCGGCCCGGUGCGAGCGCGCUCAAGUUCAUGCUCAUGCAUGACCACCAACAGGUCUUUAGCUGGCAGGACGAGCAGGGCCACAGCGGUCUCGAGGUCUGCCUCCACAUCAUCGCUCGGCUGCUGAACCCUGCUAUCGAGGAUAACUCUGCCUCUGAAGUUGGCGGACUGGCCGCCGAGCUGGUCGAGAAGGCUGGACACGAGCGUCUGGGCAACAACCUGAGAGACCUGCUGCAAGCGGUCGCAACACGCCUGGCUAGUGCCGAGGCGGCACCUUUCAUCCAGUCUCUCAUCUUGGUUUUCGCCCGUCUCUGCCUUAAUGCUGCCAGCGACGUGGUCGAGUUCCUUGGCCAGAUCGACAUUGGUGGCCACAACGGUCUGCAGAUCGUGCUCAGCAAGUGGCUGGAAAACUCUAUCAACUUUACCGGCUACGAUGAGAUUCGGCAAAAUGUCAUCGCCCUCUCGAAACUCUACUCCCUCAACGACCCGCGCAUCGCCCAGACCCAGGUCAAGGGCGACCUGAUCGUCCCCGCCAGCGACCGGAUCGUGACGCGGUCGCGGUCCAAGCAGAGUACGAAGGCCGUCUCUCCCCUCGCGAUGAACCCCAUCACUGACUUCUUCACCCCGCCACCCAAAGACCCAGACCAGUACACGAUCGUGGCCGCCCCGCUCAAGAUCCUCAAGGUGCUCAUCGAGGAGCUGCUCUCGGCCCAGGGCCACAUGGGCGCCGCCUCGAGCGCCGCGGCGGGCCUCGCCGCGGCGGCCGAGUUUGACGACGAGGCCGGCGAGGAGGGCGCGGGCGACGACGACGGCUGGGAGGACGAGCCCGACACGCUGGACCUGGCGCUGGGCGGCAGCAAGAGGGACUGGCUGUCGCAGUUUGAGAGCGGCACGCUGCGGACGCGCGACGACGAGACGCAGGCGUACCUGACCGAGUUCUUCCUGCGGGCGGCGCGCGAGAACGAGGCCGGCUUCCAGGACUGGUACGCCCAGCUGUCCGAGGAGGAGAAGGGCAAGCUUAACGAGCUGGCCGGGCAGUAG